AAACAGUUGCUCUCCCCGCGGCCGGACGGGCGUGCUGACGCGUUACGCACGCUGUUGGGAGGGGCGCGCAUGCGCGUCGGGCAGGAAGCGGCGGCGGCUGGUGCGGGAACAGGGGCUGCCGGGGCCACGGGCGCCAUGUCGGGCCGCUCGGUGCGGGCCGAGACCCGCAGCCGCGCCAAGGAUGACAUCAAAAAAGUGAUGGCGGCCAUCGAGCGCGUUCGAAAAUGGGAGAAGAAGUGGGUGACCGUGGGAGACACAUCCCUGCGGAUAUUCAAGUGGGUGCCUGUAGUCGACAGCAAAGAGAAAGAGAAGUCCAAAUCCAGUAGUGCUGCUGUCCGGGAGCCCAAUGGCUUUCCAGCUGAAGCUGCUGCCAACUCGUCACUCCUUCUGGAGUUCCAGGACGAAAACAGCAACCAGAGCUCCUUGUCGGAUGUCUACCAACUCAAGGCAGACAGCAGCCCUGCCUCCAGCCCCAGCCCCCAGCAGAGUGAGUCGAUGAGCCCCACGCACAACUCUGACUUCCGCACUGAUGACUCGCAGCCGCCCACACUGGGACAGGAGCCGCUGGAAGAGCCUGCCCUGCCUCCCUCCGAAGUAGCAGAUGAGCCCCCGACCCUCACGAAGGAAGAGCCAAGUCCUCCGGAGGCUCAGGCAGCUGGAGGGGAGGAGGAUUCCGGAGCACCUCCACUCAAGAGAUUUUGCCCCGAUCAGAAUUCUGCAUGCCAUGCGGCCUCUGAGAGCUAGCCCGCCAGCUUCUCCCCUGCGAUAUGGUCCUUCCCUAAGAGUCCGUCUGCCCCCCUUGCCCACGAGAUGCUCAUCCUUUUGACAAUUGGGAUGCCCGUCCACUGCCCUCCAACCAUCCUUGUCCUGUUGUUCUUUGGGACCGUGCUCCCUCCUGAUGCCAGCUUGCCUUCACCCACUUCUGCCAAGAGUUGUCCUGUCUCCCCCAAUGCAACAUUCCCUUCCCUCUUUUACCCCCCUCACUUGCACGCCUAAGAGAUGAGGCGCUGCACAGCCUCUCUUUUUAUUUUCUCAAUCCUCUGUGGACUCUUGGGAAUGGGGAUUGUGGCUUAGGAGGUUCCUCGAGGACCGAGAAGUUUUCAGCACUUGAUUGGACAACCCUGAAGUCCCUCUUCUUCUUGGGAGCAAAAGGUUCUCCCUGGAUGGAAGCACGAGACCUGGGGGGAGUCCAGCUGGGAUGCCGUGCAAUAGUUGUUGAGUUUUAAGCCAUUAGGCCGGAGAUUUGCACCUUUUUGGGGGGGAGAGGGGGGCUGUAUCUGGGCAGCUGGUCUGGAGCCUGCAGGCUUGGCUGCAAAGAAAGGAUCCUCCCUGCUAGGAUGAGGGUCUACAAACAGUCCUUGUCGGCUGGCGCAGGUGGAGCUUGGCCAGUUCCCCCUCCUUCAGGCAACAAGGGAGCUGCAUGCCUCGAGCCAGUGGGGGCCUGUCUCUAAGCAGCCCCUUCUUUUGGGGGGGGUCCCCGUUAGAGCAACCGCCCCCAGACCAACCAGCCCCCUCUGGCCCCUGCAAACCUGACCCCUGUCACAAUCUGCACGUGGAAUUGAGUCUGUGAUUGAGGCCCUGCUGCGGCAAGAAGUGCUGGCCGUGCAGGGAAGCAAAGAGAUAUUUUAGCACUGAAGAGAAUAUUUUUAAAAUUAAAAUAUUUGAAAUAG